AUGCCGCACAUACAAGACGACGUCCUGCGCCUCAGCCUGGACAAGCCCGAGCAGUUCUGGGCGCACCAGGCGGGGCAUCUCUCGUGGCACACCAAGCCGACGGCCACGUUGCACCGCACGAAGCGCACGCUUGCCGGCGGCAGCGGCGUCACCCACGACAGCUGGGAGUGGUUCCCCGGCGGCGAAAUCUCGACCUGCUACAACUGCCUGGACCGCCAUGUCGAGGCCGGCAAUGGCGACGAGGUGGCCGUCUUUUACGACAGCCCCGUGACCGGCACCAAGGAACGUUACACCUACAGCCAACUGCUCGAUGAGGUUGAGGUCCUGGCGGGGGCGUUGAGGGAACAGGGCGUGCGCAAAGGCGAUGUCGUCAUGUUGUACAUGCCCAUGAUCCCCGCCGCCGUCAUGGGCAUCCUCGCCGUCAACCGCCUCGGCGCCAUCCACUCCAUCGUCUUCGGCGGCUUCGCCCCCAACGCCCUCGCCCAGCGCAUCGACGCCUGCCAGCCCGUCGCCCUGCUCACCGCGUCGUGCGGCAUCGACGGCACCAAGCCGCCCAUCGCCUACCGCCCGCUCGUCGAGGAGGCCAUCUCCCUCGCCAAGCACAAGCCCCCGCGCACCAUCAUCUGGCAGCGCGACCAGAUCCGCUGGAACCCCACCAACCGCAGCCAGGGCCAGGCGACAUGGCAAAAGGUGGUCAAGAGCGCGAGGGCGAGGGGCGUCAGAGCGGGUUGCGUGCCCGUCAAGAGCAGCGACCCCGUGUACAUCAUCCACACGUCUGGCACGACGGGCGCUCCCAAGGGUGUGCUGAGGGAUGCGGGAGGGCAUGCCGUUGGCUUGCAUCUUUCCAUCAGCUACCUCUUCAACAUCCACGGACCUGGGGAUGUUGCCUUUACCGCGUCGGAUAUUGGCUGGGUCGUCGGGCAUUCUUACAUUGUCUACGCCCCGCUGCUGGCCGGCGCUGCCACCGUCUUAUACGAAGGCAAGCCUGUGGGCACACCGGAUGCGUCGGCGUUCUGGAGGGUCGUCGAGGAGUACAAGGUCAACAUGAUGUUCACCGCGCCCACGGCCCUGCGGGCCAUCAAGCGAGACGACCCGGAGAACAAGUCUCUCUCACAGAUUGGCGAGCGGGGCGGGCUGCGCUCACUCAAGGCCCUCUUCCUCGCCGGCGAGCGCUCCGAACCGACCCUCAUCUCCAUGUAUCAAGAGCUCCUCACCAAGUAUGGCGCCCCAUCGGCGCAUGUCAUCGACAACUGGUGGUCAACCGAGGCCGGCUCGCCCAUUACCGGCCGAGCCCUCGUUCCUCACGCCGGUCACGACCGCAAGACCACGGCCCGAGACCACCCGCCGCCUGCGCUCAAGCCCGGGAGCGCGGGCAAGGCGAUGCCGGGCUUCGACAUCCGGAUCGUGGACGACGACGGGGCCGAGGUGGCUAAAGGAACCAUGGGGAACAUUGUUCUCGGCAUGCCCCUCGCCCCGACUGGCUUCCGCACCCUCUGGGCAGACGAGGAGAGGUUCUACAAGAGCUACCUGAAGAGGUUCCGGGGCAAGUGGCUCGACACGGGCGACUCGGGAUGGAUCGACGAGGAUGGCUACGUCCACGUCAUGAGCAGAAACGACGACGUGCUCAACGUGAGCGCUCAUCGCCUGUCGAGUGGCGGCAUCGAGCAAGCCAUCGCAUCGCACCCUCUCGUCGCCGAGUCCUGCGUCGUCGGCAUCCCCGACGCCAUCAAGGGCCAACUCCCCUUCGCCUUCAUCACCCUGUCGACGCCCGACCACCCCACGUCGGCAGUGCCAGACGAACGCGUGGCCUCGGAGAUCCAGGCCCUGGUGCGCAAGCAGGUCGGCGCCAUCGCCUCGCUGGGCGGCAUCGUCCAGGGCAAGGGCAUGAUCCCCAAGACGCGGUCCGGCAAGACGCUGCGCCGCGUGCUCCGCGAGCUGGUCGACAACGCCGUGCACGGCGACUUUGACAAGCCCGUCGCCGUGCCGAGCACCGUCGAGGACGCGGGCGUCGUCGAGGUCGCGAGGGCUAAAGUCAGAGAGUACUUUGAGACGCAUGGGGCUAGGCACGGCGCGGUCGAGGAGAGAGCCAAGGCGAAGCUAUGA